UCGAAGAAAGCCUCAGUGCUGAUCUGGCGGCCGUCGCGACCGCACCGGCUGCCAACAAUGCGGCAGACCUUGUGACUCUAGUGUGGUGAGUUGUGUUGCAGCACAGUGCUCGUGCGUUAACCCCAACCCCUGUAGUGCAUAACCGGAUUUUGGAUUUCGUUUCGCCUCGCGGCGUUAAUAAGAUACGAUGUUGUCAAGGCGUGGAGCGACAAUGUUGGUCGCCGCGCUCUUGCUGUUUCUAGCGCCGCCCACACUGACGGAGGGCAAUCUCUUCACGUGUCCAAAUGGUUGGGAGUUAAAAGGUCUACAUUGUUAUAAAUUUUUUAACAUCAGGCAUUCAUGGGAAAAAGCUGCAGAACUAUGUCGAAGAUACGGCAGCGAAUUAAUGGUUGUAGAAAGUUACACAGAAAAUAACAUGACCGCUAAUAUGGUGCCAUCUAGUCCCAGUAAUAACCAUUAUUGGCUUGGUCUAGCAACUGUUGACGACCUAAGGACCAAUACUUUAGAAUCAGCUGCCGGCGGUUUGGUAUCACAAUACGCUGGCUACUGGGCGUUACGACAACCCAAUCCAAAGGAGGGAGAAUGUGUUGAUGUUCAUGUCACCUCAGACAAACAAUCCUGGGAGCUGACGACAUGCGAGACCCUUCUUCCUUUCAUGUGCAAGAGUGACGCAUGCCCAGCAGGAACCUUCCAUUGUUCGAACGGAAGAUGUAUUAAUUCGGCCUUUAGAUGCGACAAACAAGACGAUUGCGGCGAUGCUUCCGACGAAAUGGACUGCGCUUCCGAAUGUCAUUUUUACAUGGCCAGCAGUGGAGAUGUAGUCGAAAGUCCAAAUUACCCUCACAAAUAUCCUGCUUUCAGUGAAUGUAAAUGGACGCUCGAAGGGCCACAAGGUCAAAAUAUAGUAUUACAGUUCCAAGAUUUUGAAACUGAAAAGUCUUUUGAUACUGUUCAAAUAUUAGUGGGCGGCAGAACAGAAGACAAGUCUGUCAAUUUGGCCACGCUAUCUGGGAAACAGGAUCUCUCUAGCAAACUUUAUGUAUCCGCUUCCAAUUUCAUGAUUAUUAAAUUUAGCACCGAUGGCUCUGUAGAAAAGAAAGGAUUCCGUGCUUCUUGGAAAACUGAAUCUUCCAAUUGUGGUGGUGUCCUCAGAGCUACACCACAAGGUCAGGUUUUGACUUCACCUGGAUAUCCAAAUGUAUAUCCCGGUGGUUUAGAAUGCGUCUACAUAAUUGAAGCCCAACCAGGCAGAAUUGUGUCACUAGAAAUUGAAGAUUUAGAAUUAGAAAUGAAUAGAGAUUACAUCGUAAUUAAGGAUGGAAACACCCCUUCAAGUCCAGUACUCGCUAGACUAACUGGACCAGGAGCAGAUAAUCAAAAAGUAGUAAUAUCAACAACAAAUCAUUUGUAUAUGUACUUUAGAACUAGUCUCGGCGACUCUAAGAAAGGUUUUAAUAUGAGAUAUUCCCAAGGUUGUAGAGCAACGAUAAUUGCUUCAAAUGGCACAUUUACUUCGCCUGCUUUUGGUCUUAGUAGUUAUCCCAAUAAUCAAGAAUGUCUAUACAGGAUUAAAAAUCCAAAUGGAGGACCACUGUCUCUCAAGUUUGAUGAAUUUAAUAUUCAUCCAUCUGACGUCGUUCAAGUUUUUGAUGGAGCAAGCACCAACGGACUGAGAUUGCAUUCCGAAAAUGGAUUUACCGUCAAACCAAGAAUAACGCUAACAGCUUCAAGCGGCGAAAUGCUAAUAAGAUUUGUAUCUGACGCUUUACAUAAUGGAUAUGGAUGGAAAGCUAUAUUCUCUGCAGAUUGUCCGCCACUAAAAUCUGGAAUCGGCGCUUUGGCGUCAAAUAGAGAUACUGCAUUCGGAACAACAGUAACCUUUUCGUGUCCUAUCGGUCAGGAGUUUGCCACAGGAAAAUCUAGAAUUGUAACUCAAUGUCAAGAAGGUGGAAAUUGGUCAACUACUUAUAUCCCCAGCUGUCAAGAAGUUUAUUGUGGUCCAGUGCCCCAAAUUGACAAUGGUUUCUCGAUUGGAUCAACAAACGUAACAUACAGAGGCGUAGCUACUUAUCAAUGUUACGCUGGAUUUGCAUUCCCAACUGGGCAACCCAUUGAAAGAAUAUCAUGCUUAUCUGAUGGGCGAUGGGAACGAACACCAACUUGUCUUGCUUCGCAAUGUGUAGCACUUCCUGAUGUUUCGCAUGCCAACGUAACUAUAUUGAACGGCGGUGGACGUAGUUACGGUACUAUUGUACGGUACGAGUGCGAGCCGGGAUACGUGCGGACUGGACAGCCGGUCCUACUUUGUAUGAGUAAUGGAACUUGGUCUGGUGAUGUGCCGACAUGCUCUAAAGUCUUAUGUCCGAAAUUCCCUGAAAUUAAAAACGGAUAUGUUGUCGAUCAAAGUCGAAUUUAUAUGUUUGGAGAUGAAGCAAGAGUUCAAUGCUUUAAAGGUUAUAAGCUAAACGGACCUAGUGUACUUAAAUGCGGUGCAAACCAAGAGUUUGAUCCUCCACCGACUUGUGAAGAUAUUAAUGAAUGCAUAAGUAGUCAAUGUAACUUGGCAACAACUGACUGUAAGAAUACUCAAGGAGGAUUUUACUGCCCCUGCAGACCAGGUUUUUCACCAGUAUUAGAAUGCAGACCUGUGGGAGAUCUUGGUUUGAUAAAUGGUGCUAUACCUGAUGAAUCGAUUACUACUUCAACACCCGAAGCCGGAUAUUACAAAGGAAUGGUUCGGUUAAACAAUGGCGGUGGUUGGUGUGGCAAUAAUCUGGAAGCCGGAGCAAAUUGGAUACUGAUUGACUUGAGAGCACCAACAGUCAUCAGGGGCUUUAGAACUAUGAGUGUUAUGAGAGCUGACGGCAACAUUGCAUUCACAUCGGCAAUAAGAAUUCAGUACACAAAUGACUUAACUGAUGUUUUCAAAGAUUAUACAAACCCUGAUGGCACCGCUGUCGAAUUUCGCAUUUUAGAACCCACUCUUUCCGUUCUUAAUUUACCUAUGCCUAUUGAAGCUCAAUACAUUAAAUUUAAAAUUCAAGAUUACGUUGGGGCUCCUUGUUUGAAAUUAGAGGUCAUGGGUUGUGCGAGAUUAGAUUGUGCUGAUAUUAACGAAUGUAAUGAAAACAAUGGUGGUUGCGAUCAGAAAUGUAUUAAUACACCGGGUAAUUUCUCAUGUGCUUGCAAUAUUGGAUACGAAUUGUAUACAUCAAACGGAACUGCUGGAUUCAAAAUUGAAUUAUCAGAAACCGGUGAAAGAGAUGGUGACACAUAUCAGAGAAACAAAUCAUGUGUGCCAGUUAUGUGCCCAUCACUUCAAUCUCCAGAAAAUGGUAAACUGUUAUCAACAAAAUCUGCUUUCCAUUUCGGUGACAUUGUUCAAUUCCAGUGUGACUUUGGAUAUGUAAUGUCUGGUUUCUCCUCCCUACUUUGUACAUCGAGUGGGACAUGGAACGGAACAGCUCCUGAAUGUCAAUAUGCACGAUGCGUGACUUUAUCAGACGACAAAAACGACGGUUUACAAAUAAUAAGAGACGACCCUGAAAGCGUUCUUGUACCAUACAGGGACAAUGUUACAAUAACUUGUACGUCACCGGGUAGAUAUCUUAGGAAUACUGUUACAUCGCCAUUCAGACAGUGUGUUUAUGAUCCCAAACCGGGUCUUCCUGAUUAUUGGUUGUCUGGAGCACAACCUCAAUGUCCUCGAAAAGAUUGCGGUAUUCCGAUGCCUACACCGGGUGCAGAAUAUGGGCAAUAUUUAGACACAAGAUAUCAAAGCUCUUUCUUCUUUGGCUGUCAAAAUACCUUCAAACUUGCUGGACAAACAAGUAAACACGAUAAUGUAGUACGGUGUCAAGGAAACGGAAUCUGGGACUUCGGUGACUUGAGGUGUGAAGGUCCUGUGUGUGAUGAUCCAGGAAGACCGGCAGAUGGAUACCAAAUUGCUAGAAGCUAUGAACAAGGAUCAGAGGUUCUCUUCGGUUGUUCAAGACCCGGAUACAUUUUAAUCAACCCUAGACCAAUCACAUGCAUGCGCGAACCCGAAUGUAAAGUAAUCAAACCGCUAGGCUUAGCUUCAGGAAAGAUUCCAGAUUCAGCAAUCAACGCAACUUCGGAAAGACCUAACUAUGAAGCCAGAAAUAUAAGACUGAACUCUGUUACUGGCUGGUGUGGAAAACAAGAAGCAUUUACGUACGUCAGUGUAGAUCUAGGAAAAGUUUAUCGAGUAAAAGCAAUUUUAGUCAAAGGUGUCGUUACUUCAGACAUUGUGGGCAGGCCAACUGAGAUAAGAUUUUUCUACAAACAAGCAGAAAAUGAUAACUACGUCGUUUACUUCCCCAACUUCAAUCUGACAAUGAGAGACCCUGGAAACUAUGGAGAAUUAGCCAUGAUAACUCUUCCAAAAUACGUACAAGCCAGAUUUGUUAUAUUGGGUAUUGUCAGUUUUAUGGAUAAUGCUUGUCUUAAAUUUGAGCUUAUGGGCUGCGACGAACCGGCUGUUGAACCUCUACUUGGCUAUGACUACGGAUAUUCUCCUUGUGUUGAUAACGAACCACCUGUAUUCCAAAAUUGCCCACAACAACCAAUCGUCGUUCAAACGGAUGUAAAUGGAGGCCUUUUACCUGUUAACUUCACAGAACCUACUGCUCUUGAUAAUUCCGGCGCUAUAGCUCGUUUAGAAGUUACGCCCCAGCAUUUCAGAACACCUAUUCAAGUAUUCCACAAUAUGGUUGUCAGAUACGUUGCAUUUGACUUUGACGGAAAUGUUGCGAUUUGCGAAGUAAACAUAACAGUACCUGACUACACACCACCGAAGUUAAGCUGUCCACAAAGUUAUGUUAUAGAAUUAGUCGACAAACAAGACAGUUACUCUGUUAAUUUUAAUGAAACGAGAAGAAGAAUUAAUGCAACCGACGCAUCUGGUGAAGUAUUUUUGAAAUUCAUCCCGGAACGAGCUGUGAUUCCUAUUCGAGGUUAUGAAAAUGUUACUGUUGUUGCUUCGGAUAAAUAUGGAAAUAAGGCUCAAUGUCACUUCCAGGUUUCUGUACAAGCAACACCUUGCGUAGACUGGGAACUGAUGCCACCAGCUCACGGCGCACUUAACUGCUUGCCUGGAGACAGGGGAAUUCAAUGUAUUGCAACAUGCAAGCCUGGAUUCCGCUUCACAGACGGAGAACCAGUCAAAACCUUUAUUUGUGAAACAAAACGUCAAUGGACUCCUACCGCUGUUGUACCCGACUGUGUUUCUGAAAAUACUCAACAAGCUGCAUACCAUGUCGUUGCAAGUGUUCAAUACCGUGCUCUUGGCGCAGUCUCUAACGCUUGCUUGCCACAAUACAAAGAUUUACUUGCUCAAUACGAUAACAUAUUAAAUGAAAGGCUAUCUCAACGUUGUUCAGCCGUCAACGUCAAUAUUAAUGUGACAUUUGUGAAAGCUAUGCCCAGUCUUCUUGAUGAAAAUGUAGUGAAAAUGGACUUUGUUUUGGCUAUAACUCCCGCUAUCAAACAGACGCAGUUAUACGACCUUUGUGGUUCAACACUGAACCUCAUAUUCGAUCUAUCUGUGCCAUACGCUAGUGCGCUUAUUGAACCUGUGCUUAACGUUUCAUCUAUUGGAAACCAAUGUCCUCCUUUAAGAGCUAUAAGAAGCUCUAUUUCCCGCGGAUUUACAUGCAGUGUUGGUGAAGUUUUAAAUAUGGAUACAAAUGACGUACCAAGAUGCUUGCACUGUCCUGCGGGAACUUUUGCUGGUGAAAAACAAAAAUCGUGUACGAUGUGCCCAAGGGGAUUCUUCCAAAACCAAGCUCGACAAGGAUCUUGUCUUAAAUGCCCACAAGGAACAUUCACUAAAGAAGAAGGCUCUAAAGACAUAACUGACUGUGUACCGGUCUGUGGUUAUGGAACAUAUUCACCGACAGGCUUAGUUCCUUGUUUAGAAUGUCCCAGAAACAGCUAUACUGGAGAACCACCUGUAGGAGGAUUUAGAGAUUGUCAAGCCUGUCCUGCUAAUACAUACACAUAUCAGCCGGCUGCUUCUGGAAAAGAUAAAUGUAGAGCUAAGUGUGCUCCUGGUACUUACUCUCCAACUGGUUUAGCCCCAUGUUCUCAGUGUCCAAGGAACUUCUACCAAAACUUAAUGGGUCAAACUUUAUGUAUGGAAUGUCCAACCAAUAUGAAGACAGUAGGAACAGGUGCCUCUGGUUUAGAAGAAUGCAUACCAGUGGAAUGCUCAAACAGCGCUUGUCAACACGGUGGUCUUUGUGUACCAAAAGGUCACGGGGUGCAAUGUUAUUGUCCAGCCGGUUUCUCAGGACGCAGAUGUGAAAUAGAUAUUGAUGAGUGUGCGAGUCAACCUUGUUACAACGGUGGCACUUGUAUUGAUCUCCCACAAGGAUAUAGAUGCUCUUGUCCUACUGGAUAUGGUGGAAUAAACUGUCAAGAAGAGAAAUCAGACUGCAGAAAUGAUACGUGUCCUGAAAGAGCUAUGUGCAAAGAUGAACCAGGGUACAAUAAUUAUACCUGCUUGUGUAGAUCAGGUUAUACUGGAAUUGAUUGCGAUAUUACGAUUGAUCCAUGUUCUGCUAACGGAAACCCCUGUACAAACGGUGCAACUUGCAUUGCUCUUCAACAAGGCCGAUAUAAGUGCGAAUGUUUGCCUGGAUGGGAAGGACAGCUUUGUGAACUAAACACCGAUGAUUGUAUCGAGAAACCUUGUCUGCUUGGAGCCGCUUGUACAGACUUGGUUAACGACUUCAGCUGCACGUGUCCUCCUGGAUUUACUGGAAAACGUUGUCACGAGAAAAUAGACCUUUGUUCAAAUGAACCAUGCAAACACGGUAUUUGUGUAGACAAACUUUUCGUUCACCAAUGUGUUUGUGACCCUGGUUGGUCAGGGCCCUCAUGCGAUAUAAAUAUCAAUGAAUGUCUUAUAUCAUCUUGCGAAAAUGGUGGUCGAUGUGUGGAUGGUAUCGAUGACUUUACUUGCAUUUGUGAAGCUGGAUUUACAGGUAAAAGAUGUCAACACGCAAUUGACGAUUGUUCUUCUGAACCAUGCCAGAAUGGAGCAACGUGCACUGACCAAUUAGAAGGAUUCACAUGUAAAUGUCGACCAGGGUUCAUUGGCCUACAAUGUGAAACAGCGAUAGACGAGUGUUUAACAGAGCCUUGUAAUCCGAUUGGCACUGAAAAUUGUAUUGAUCUUGAUAACAAAUAUAAGUGCAUGUGUCGCGAAGGAUUCACGGGAGAAAUGUGUGAAACAAAUAUUGACGACUGCGCAUCUGAUCCUUGCUACAACGGAGGAUCCUGUAAAGAUGAAAUCGGUGGUUACAAAUGUGUCUGCCAACCGGGAUGGACUGGCAAACGAUGUGAACGUGACAUUGGCAACUGCAUGAAUAGACCAUGUCAAAAUAAUGCAGACUGUAUAGACCUGUUCCAAGACUUCUUCUGCGUAUGUCCAAGUGGUACUGAUGGAAAACAGUGUGAAACUGCUCCUGAACGUUGUAUUGGAGACCCGUGCAUGCAUGGAGGAAAAUGCCAGGAUUUCGGAUCUGGACUCAAUUGCACGUGUUCCCAGGACUACACUGGUAUUGGUUGCCAAUAUGAGUUCGACGCUUGCGAAGCUGGUUUAUGUCAAAAUGGAGCAACGUGUGUCGAUGAAGGCGAUGGAUACAGUUGCUUAUGCGCACCAGGUUUUAAAGGAAAGAACUGUGAUGAAGAUAUUAUAGACUGCAAAGAAAAUUCCUGUCCGCCUUCAGCUACAUGCAUAGACUUACCUGGCCGAUUCUACUGCCAAUGUCCAUUCAACCUUACCGGGGACGACUGCAGAAAAACUAUCAGCGUAGAUUACGACUUAUACUUCAGUGAUCCAGUCCGCUCAAGCGCAGCUCAAGUUGUACCGUUCGACACUGGUGCUGCCGACAGUCUUACAAUAGCGAUGUGGGUUCAGUAUACACAACAAGAUGAAGGUGGCAUCUUCUUCACUGCUUAUGGUGUUAGCAAUUCCCACAUAGCAUUAAACAGAAGAACUAUAAUUCAAGCGCACUCCAACGGCGUCCAGGUUUCUUUGUUCCCUGAACUACAGGAUGUGUAUUUAAGUUUCGGAGAGUUUGCAACGGUCAACGACGGCCAAUGGCAUCACGUAGCUCUGGUUUGGGACGGUAGCAACGGUGGUGAACUAACUCUGAUAACUGAAGGUUUAAUAGCCAGUAAGCUCGAAGGCUAUGGCAGUGGAAGAACGCUUCCUCAAUAUGUUUGGGUGACUCUCGGUAAACCACAAUCGGAUAAUCCUAAGGCGUACACCGAAGCUGGUUUCCAAGGACAUUUAACCAAAGUACAAAUAUGGAACCGUGCCUUGGAUGUGACAAAUGAAAUUCAAAAACAAGUUCGCGAUUGCAGAACUGAACCCGUCCUUUAUAGCGGUUUAGUAUUAACGUGGGCAGGUUACGAAGAUAUUGUUGGAGGAGUUGAAAGACUUGUGCCAUCUCAUUGCGGUCAAAGAGUAUGUCCGAACGGAUACACUGGUUCCAAAUGUCAACAGUUACAAGUAGAUAAGGAGCCACCGAGAGUAGAUCGCUGUCCAGGCGAUUUGUGGGUAAUUGCCAAAAAUGGUUCCGCUAUAGUAAAUUGGGAUGCUCCGGUAUUUAGCGACAACAUUGGUGUGACCAGAGUCGUCGAAAAAUCUGGACAUAAACCUGGCGAAAACUUAGUUUGGGGAGCAUAUGACAUUGCGUAUAUUGCUUAUGAUGCCGCGGGUAAUGCCGCUACGUGCAAAUUCAAGGUUACCGUGCUAUCUGAAUUCUGCCCUCCAUUGGCGGAUCCACUGGGUGGUUAUCAAUCGUGCCGUGACUGGGGCGCGGGAGGUCAGUUCAAGGUGUGCGAGAUCGCGUGUCGGGAUGGCCUCAAGUUCUCGCAACCGGUUCCACCAUUCUAUACAUGCGGAGCUGAAGGAUUCUGGCGCCCAACUGACAACCCUAGCCUUGGACUUAUUUAUCCUGCUUGUUCUCCGGCUUCGCCGGCUCAAAGAGUGUUCAAGAUAUCAAUGCUGUUCCCAAGCUCCGUGUUGUGUAACGACGCGGGUCAAGCAGUGCUGCGCCAGAAGGUCCGCAGUGCUAUCAAUCAACUGAACAGAGAUUGGAACUUCUGCUCCUAUGCUAUUGACGGUACAAGGGAAUGUAAAGAGCUGGACAUUAACGUCAAAUGCGACCACAGAGCUAAUGUCCGUCAGACACGGCAAGUAAAUUCUCAACCGACAAUCAAAUCAGAAGACACAUAUGUCCUCGACGCUAUUAUACCAGUUGACGAGGUACGAAGCAAUAGAGAAGGUCGACAAGCCGGUGACACCUACAGUGUAGAAGUAUCUUUCCCGGCUAUCAACGAUCCGGUUAUCCACGGUGGUACCAACGAACGAUCGACCGUACAACGAUUGCUCGAAAAAUUAAUCUUAGAAGACGAACAGUUCGACGUGCGUAACAUUCUUCCCAACACUGUCCCCGACCCGGCGAGCCUGCAACUUGUUUCCGACUACGCAUGUCCGAUGGGUCAGGUCGUAAUGGCCCCCGAUUGUGUAUCAUGCGCGGUGGGUACUUACCUGGAUUCAGCGAGUGACUCAUGCCAGCCGUGUCCCGCGGGCAGCUACCAAUCGGAGGCAGGACAGUUGCAGUGCACGUCGUGUCCCGCAAUAGCGGGACAGCCCGGCGUCACGCAGGCCACCGGCGCCAGGAGCGCUGGAGACUGUAAAGAGAGAUGCGCUGCGGGCAAAUAUUACGACGCAGAGGCGGAACUCUGCCGGCCGUGCGGUCAUGGAUCGUAUCAGCCGAGAGAGGGCGCUUUCUCCUGCAUCCCCUGCGCUAGAGGACAAACUACUCGAGCUACUGAAGCUGUUUCCGUUGCCGAGUGCAGAGACGAUUGUCCACCAGGAGAGCAGCUAGGCGGCGAUGGUGGUUGCGAGCCGUGUCCGGCGGGCACGUGGCGGGGCGCUGGCACGGGGGCGGCGUGCGCGCCUUGCCCGCCCGGCACCACCACCCCACAGACCGGCGCCUCAUCGCCGGACCAAUGCUCACUGCCUCUCUGCAAGCCUGGUUUGUACCUCAACGUAACACUGAACACGUGCAUACAAUGCAAGAGGGGAACUUACCAGCCGGAAGCACAGCAAACUCUUUGCAUACCCUGCCCUAUCAAUACCAGCACUAAAGAACGUGGAGCGACGUCGGAGGCUGACUGCACAAACCCGUGUGAAAUGAGCGCCCCGGGGACGCACUGCGACGUGAACGCAUACUGUCUUCUGCUGCCGGACACAAACGAGUUCGAUUGCCAGUGUAAACCCGGCUUUAACGGCACUGGCUUGAUAUGUACAGAUGUUUGCCUGGACUACUGCGACAACGGUGGCGAAUGUGUGAAGGACGUGAGAGGCGAGCCUUCUUGCAGAUGCACUGGUUCGUUUACUGGCCGCUAUUGCCGUGACAAGAGCGAGUUCGCGUACAUCGCUAGUGGAGUCGCUGGAGGAGUCAUCUUCAUUAUAUUCCUUGUGUUGCUCGUUUGGAUGAUAUGUGCCAGGUCAACAAAGAAGAAGGAACCAAAGAAGACAUUAACACCAGCUAUCGACCAAAACGGCUCUCAAGUCAACUUCUAUUACGGAGCCCAUACACCUUACGCGGAGUCGAUAGCGCCAUCUCAUCACUCCACAUACGCACAUUACUAUGACGACGAAGAGGACGGCUGGGAGAUGCCGAACUUCUACAAUGAGACGUACAUGAAGGAGAGUUUACAUAACGGUAUGAGUGGCAAAAUGAACAGCUUAGCCAGAUCAAAUGCCAGUAUAUACGGUACGAAGGAGGAUCUAUACGACAGACUGAAGAGGCACGCGUAUCCGGGUAAGAAAGAUAAGAGUGACAGCGACAGUGAAGGUCAAUAAGUUGGUGAGGACAGCGUGUUGUAUUCUGGUCAAACUUAUAGUACUGUAUCGAAUUAGUUUCAUAUUGUUGUAUUUCGCUGUAUAGAGUCUAUUACGAAAGACGCGACAGUUGCGUAUUCGUAACGUUAUCGACAUUUGUAGAUUUUUAGUACACUUUACGCCCGGUAGGGGUGAUUCUUAUACAAAUGUCGAUUACGUUAUGAAAACGUUCUCACGUAUACGUGAUGAUAUAUUUGAUGCAAUAAUAAAUAUUUCACGUCAUUUUUGACUAAUCGUUUCACUCUUACGACUGAGUUUUGAUACAGUUGAAUCUUGUACUCUUUUAGCUUUAUUUAGUUUAAGAUAUUUUAAAAAUAGAAUGUGUAUUAACACACUCACUGUUUAUUUAAGCCCCACCAAAUAUAAUACAAUGAACUAUAAUGUCAAUAGGUCAAUAGCACAGUUACUCAACUGACAACAACAAUUUCAAAAACUUUAUUUUUUCGUGAGCAAUUGAACAGUGAAUGUGUUGAUGUUCUGAGAUUACAACUUCAACGAGGAUAUGCUCAAGUUAGUAUUUUUAGGCGCAAAAUGCCAUACCAUAUGACAGGGGAAUUCCAAAUCAUGAUUCUGAUAUAUCGAAUUAUACAUUCCAUUUUUAUUAAAGAAAAAAUGUAAAUAUAAUGUAAUGAAUUGUAUAUUUAUAUAAUAUAGACCUCAGUAGUCUCGUGGUGUUAGUUUUUAUUAUCUUAUUAAUCAAUAUUUUGUAACGUAAGGUUGUGUGCACAUUGUGCUUUAGGGAAUGAUUACAAAAGAGAGUAACAUUUUUUUAAUCUGUACACUCUUUGUAUUAUAAUAUGCGUACUUACUACUUUAUCUGUGUGAAUGUAUAGAUGAAAAAAAUGUAUAGUUUUAUAUUUUUUUAUAAUUAGGUGACGUUUAUCGUUGUUUAUACAUAUCUGAUAGUACAUUCUUUUUAAUAAUGUAUGGAGAAUUGUUUUUUUAUUUAUGUUUAAUUACUUAUAGGUUUUGUAUUUUAAAAAAAUGUAAUUUAACCCUUUUUACCUGUCCCUAUGAAGUAAAACAAUACUCAAUAAUUCCGCCGUGUUGUGACUUUUCGGUGGUUCAGUAUCCAUCACAAUUUACCACAUUAGUGAUUACGUUAACAGUAAUAUUUUAUACAAAAGAAUAAUAAAUUAAUAUGUAUUUAA